CCGUUUUCUGAACAUAUCAGAUAUAAGAUGGACGUGGAAAAGAUUUGUCGCACCUGUUUAGGGCUGGCAGGACCAUUUCUAUCCAUCUACGAAGGCGAAAACGGCAGCCGCGUAGUCGAUAUGUUGCGUGAGAUCUCCAGAAUGAGGCCGCGACUCGAAGAUAAGCUUCCACCUUUGGUGUGCCUCACAUGUAUAAGCGAAAUAAACCACUGUUAUAGCUUCAAGUUAAAAUGCGAAAACUCAAACCGCACACUGCGUCAAUUGGUACCCAAUGCGCUGCCCGAGGAAACUACUGAUGUCAAGCCCACGGUGAUGACAGGCGAAAUGGGGGUUCAAACUGAGAACUGCACAUCAAGUACAGCCACAGUUGCAGCACAGACAGAGUAUAUCUGCAGCAUCGAUGUGGAGCAAAAUACAGUCGAAGAUAAAGAGGUGCCGUUAGACGAAGAACACGCUGGGCCUGAGCAUGUGGUGGAGUUUGAUUAUGAAUUUUCUGAACAUGAAACGGAGGAGACACCAGCUGAAGCGAAUGCGGAAAAUAUUAUAUUACACAUAGAAAAGGACAACAUGGAGUUUGAGACCGAAAUGGUUUACAACAAAAAUACGGGUGAAGUGCAGACAGUGGACACAAACACAAAGCAAAAGGCAUACAACUUUCGCCUAUUCAGCAAUGGAAAUGGUGGUACAUUUUUGGCCCCAGAUGUUAAAACAGAUCUCACAUUGGCCCAACCAGUAACAACACGUAAAAGAGCUGCAAAACUACUACAACAACAGAUAAAGACUGAGCUCUUAACCCCGGAUAAGUCGUUGAUUGAGUCACCGUCAAAACGCAACACAAGACGUCGUAUUGCAGCACACUUGGAGGAGCAGAAGCCGCAGCCGUCGAUACAAUCAAAGCAGGGGGUGGCAAGUCCUAGAUCUAAUUUUGCCAAAGUGGAGAAGCUACAGACCAAUUACCAUUGCGAUCGUUGCAAUGCAGGCUUCGCGUUGAAAAAAUCACUCCUCAUACAUAUACGACAGAAUGGGUGCACCAAUCGCAACUUCAAGUGUAAUGAGUGUGAACGUGUGUUUGUAUCCAUGGAUCAUUUAACGGAGCAUCAGGCCACACAUACGGCGCAUAGUUGUCCGGCGUGCGGACUGCGCUGGGAGACAAAGGAGCAACUGGGCAAGCAUAUGGUGCAGGCACAUAAGCGUAACCUGCGCAAUCAAUGCAAUGUUUGCCAAAAGGUCUUCACCAUGUUGUCUACUUUGCGGGAUCACAUGCGUAUACACACGGGCGAAAAGCCAUUUGUAUGCAAUGUCUGCGGAAAGGGCUUUACCCAAAAUGCUAAUAUGCGUCAGCACAAGCUGCGACACUCGGACAUCAAGCGUUUUAAGUGUGAUCUAUGCAUAAAUUCGUUUGUCACCAAGGCGGAGCUGAGUUCGCAUGAGCGCACACACACCGGCGUCAAGCCCUUUGAGUGUGAUGUGUGUUCAGCCAGAUUCACCACCAGCUGUUCGUUGGCCAAGCACAAGCGCAAGCAUACAGGUGAACGUCCAUAUGGCUGUGAUCUGUGUCCUAUGCGCUUUACAGCGCUUAAUGUAUUGAAGAAUCAUCGACGCACGCACACGGGCGAACGGCCAUAUGUCUGUCCUUUUUGUUCCAGAAGCUUUACGCAGCGUGGUGAUUGUCAGGUGCAUCAGCGCACACAUGAGGGCGACAGGAUAUACAGUUGUCCAGUGUGCAGUCAAGAGUUCAAAGCCAUGAACGAGAUGCGAAUGCAUCUAACGCUCCACGAGCACGAUGACAAACGAUUGAUGCAAUUUACUCUGAAGAGUGACAAGGAAAAUGACGCCGUGGUUGAGGAGGAUGAAGAAGAGGAGGAGGAAGAUGAGGAGGAGCAAGCUGAAGAUAAUGAAUCCGAUACCGCAGACUUGCUAUAAGUAUGCCGAACAUACUCUAUUGGAUGUUAUAGCUGAUAUUCUAAAAAAAAAACGCCACAUAAAGCAAGAUUACAAAUUACCUUUUUUGUAGAAUUUGUCUUAGAUUUUAAUUUAGCUUAC